AUGUUGAGGAACUCUCUAUACUUGUAUGGAGCGGGAGAGAAUCUCGUAUCGUCGAAAUUGAACCUUGGCGAGUAUCUACUCGGAAAGUUGAGGAAUCAUACGGACAAAAUUGCGCUGAUAAAUGGCGCGAAUGACGAGAGGCAUACGUACCAGCAAAUACUGCAGGCGUCGAUAAACGUAGCCGUUUCCUUGGUGCGGCUCGGUGUGAGGAAGGGGGACGUUGUGGGCAUAUGUUCAGAGAUGAGGCCAGAGAACUGGUCAGCAGCCAUUGGGGUAACCUGCACUGGCGCGGCUAUGACUCCGAUCAGUGUCGAAUACGUAAAAGAUGAACUGAAGCAUAUCUUGAGCAUAUCGAAGCCAAAAUAUCUAUUCUGCUCACCCCAGGCCUAUAGGAUGAAAGAGGAGAGUUUGAGGUCGUUGGAUUUUGUAAAAAAGAUAAUAUUAUUUGGCGACCAGCGAGUAGACGAUACGAUGCUGUUCAAAGAUCUUGCUGUGGCAGGGCCUGAGUCGGUGCUCAAAGAAAACAUUCGGUACGAGGACUUUGAGGCAGUCGAAGUGGAUGGGAAGACGGACACCGCUUUCAUUUUGUAUUCUUCAGGUACCACUGGACUGCCAAAGGGUGUUAUGCAAAGCCAUUUGAACGUUAUGACCGCUUUAUCUUUGCCUGGCGUAGUCGAUCCGAAAUUAACAGUACUAUACAUUUCACCGUGGUACCACGUAUACGGGCUGAUGACUGCACUUAUAUUCAUGUUUAACGGCAGCCAAGUGGUCUAUUUGCCGAAGUUCGAGAUAGAUUUGUAUUUACGGUGCAUUGAAAAAUAUAGGGUCAAUCAGCUGUUGUUGGUACCGCCUGUGAUAGUUGCUUUAUCAAAAAAGCAGUUCAGUUAUGACGUCAGCUCUGUCCAGGUCAUAUUGAGCGCCGCUGCCGUUCUCCAGAAGGAGACCAUAGAUGCAGUAAAAGAAAAGUUCGUCAAUCUGAGGGACGUUUACCAAGGUUAUGGGAUGACGGAAACCACGUACUUUAUAGCUCUGGAUUCUUUCGUUGACGGUAAAAGGUGCAGACCUGGCAGUAUUGGUGCAGUCGUUCCUGAAACUAUUGUGAAGAUUGUUGAUGUUAACACUAAAGAGCCUGUAGGGCCCUAUCAGAAUGGAGAGUUAUGUUUUAAAAGUCCCAUGAUCAUGAAUGGUUACAUAGGCAAAAAUUUGCAAGACGUUUUGGAUGAAGAGGGUUUCUUGAGAUCUGGCGACAUUUGUUAUUAUGAUGAAGAAAGAUAUCUCUAUGUUGUUGAUCGGUUAAAAGAGCUGAUAAAAUACAAGGGUUUUCAGGUCCCGCCAGCGGAGAUAGAAACAGUUCUGCUGCAGCACCCUGCAGUGCGAGAAGUAUGCGUAGUAGGGCUGCCCCAUAAAGAGGCUGGUGAAGUGCCUCUCGCCUUUGUAGUGUUGCAGCCCGGUAACAACACUAAUGAAUCUGAGCUACAGGCAUUCGUUGCUGAGAGGCUGUCUAACCCAAAACGCUUAAGAGGCGGAGUUCGGUUCAUCAGCGAAAUACCCAAAGCCAUAAACGGAAAAAUCCUGCGAAGACAAUUACGGGAAGAACUAAAUGCAAGU